GGUUGGGGUCGGGGUCGGCAACACAUCGCGUCUACCAUUACAAAGGACAAGAAACUUUAGAUGAAAGUAAACAUCACAAUCAACAACCUGUUUCUUAUGAGAUUCUCCUUGGAUUCUAAUCGAUCUAGCUCAACCACUCCCAAAGACUUUAGAUGGAGAAAUAGGGGACCAAAUACUUGGAGAACAAAUCGACUCAAGCUUUAUAUCAAUACACCGGGAAUUGGGGAGUUCAGGGAUCCUGCUGCGCGUCAAAUCUCAAACCAUCUGCGAUAUUCACCCCUUGAGGAGGGAAGAGCUUGCCAUUAAAGCUAGUUAAUACCUGGCGUUCUUGAUUCCGAAGUGCUGCCAAUAUUACAAGGCGAAUUGAGCAAUUAGAAAACCACUUUUCUCAGCGAUUACCCACCGUUUGACAACGCAUCGAAGUCGCGAAACGAAAUAUCAGCUUGGGUUCAUUGGCGUUAGUUAAGGGGAUUUGAUUGAGUUAUUUGCAUUUCUACAAGGCUAGAGUGAGGUUCUGAGGCUUAAGAUCGAUCAGUAUUCCAGCAUUCACCACGAGGACCUGGAUUUGAUCACAUACAACAAUUAGCCGACAUAGACCGAUCCCCCCUCGUCUACAUGGUGUGCGCUCUAUUCGAAAUGACCUGAACUGGAAGUGAAGCCUAGGCACACCGUCUUGAUCGCAUAUUCAACUAGCGCAAGGUACGAGUUCAAUAGCAGAAUCUCGAGACUCGGAGCGCAAUCAACUCAGACUCGAAUUCGUUGGGAAGUGAGGAGGAGACGGAGAGGAACAGAGCAGUAUUAGUCUGUUUAUCUUGCCGCAACAAUGCCAACAAUCAAUGUCUUACCAACCUCUGCUGCUGAAUUGCAGGAAAUCGCAGACAUCCUUGCGAAAUCAAGGAAGGUUGUAGUUGUGACAGGAGCUGGAAUCAGUACGAAUGUCGGAAUACCUGACUUUCGUUCCGAACAUGGACUCUAUUCCAUGAUACAAGCCCAAUAUGAUGCUGCACUGGAGAAUCCGCCUUGGGAAAUUAAUGAUUAUGAUAUUGAUGAUCGACCGAAGAAGAAAAGACGUGUCACGGAGCGCUAUUAUUAUGAACUUGUGACGGCUGAUGGUGUAAGGGUAGAGCUGCCACCGGAAGAAUCAUCUGAAUUGCCCUCUCAGCAACCCUCCGAGCAGUCCUCCGAGCAGUCUUCUCAGCAGUGUUCUCAAUCGCCGUCAAAAGAACCUUCAGCGCAACCAGAAACACCUGCUCUAGCUCCAUCGAGAAGGAGUUCUCGUAGGCAUAUCCCUUUGGUACGGGAUAAUCUCAAAAAUGAAUCCCAGCGAUCGAGCCUGGUGACGGCGACUAUAGAUUCUAAUGCCUCGUCCACAAACGAUAAUUCAAUAAAUAAAUCAGCAAUAUUACCCCCGAAGCGUCAAACUCGAAAUGCUUCUUCGGUGCAGGAUAAUCCUAUCAAAGAAUCUCCGAAACCAAGUUCGCAGGGUCAACCUGCUCAUAAUCUGCAUGAUUCUCUCUCGCAGGCUACUCCUAUCAGCAAAUCACACAUGUUGCCCCCGAAAAGGCAAGCUUCCAGGUCUCGAACCUCUCUUCUAGCACAAGAUGGUAUCAAGAUUGAAUCGCCGAAACCAAACAUCAAGGGCAAGUCUUCCAAACUUCGGGCCAUUCGCGCCUGUGAUAGAUGUCGAGUUCGAAAGAUAAAGUGUGGUGAUAUUCGACCAAGCUGUGAACCAUGUGCCAAAUCCAAAGUUGAAUGUAUUACCACUGAGAACCCCAGUCGACGAGUGUCUCAAAUCGAAGAUACUAAAUUACAUGGAGAGCUAAAUCCUUCAAUGGAGAUGGAGCUCGAUUCGGAAGGGUCCAAUACUGAAGAAAAUGCUUCACAACAAUUGCUUCAAGAAUCGAGUGAAUAUUCAUCUCAAUAUUCAUCGGAAAAUUCUCGGUUGCCCCAAGACUUGGAGUCAAUUGACAAUAAUAAACAAAAACGAACUCGACGUUCACUCCGAAUAAGCUCUCCCUUACCUAUAGCAAAAGAAGAAAGCUCCAACGCAACAAGAAUUUCUUCCGAUUCUUCCUUAUCAAAUUCGCUGCGACGUGAGAGUAGUCUUCGGUCAACAAUUCAAGCCUCAACCACCAACCAGGAAUCUAUUCAUUCACAAUCACGAACACUUCAAAGGUCCUCAUCACUUAUACCUUCUGUCGCCAGUUCAAUUAUUGAAAGCAAGACUUCACGACAAUCAAUGAGAUCGCGAGCUGAUAGUUUACCUCCACCACUGACAGAACAAUCCUCUUCACUUCCCAGAAAAACCUCUCGAAGAAACACACCUGCACUUGAACUUUCCAACAGCAAGCUCUCUUCAACCACAAAUACUGAAAGUGUAUCUACAACUAGCAGCGCCACGCCUUCAGUUUCAUCGAGUGAUUGUAGCAGCAACAACAAUAACAACAACAACAGCAAACGAAAUUUGUUGAGUGAAGUCAGUUCUGUCACAACUGCUUCCGAAUUUGAAGAACCUCCUUCACAAUCGUCUCAAUCAUCUUCACGUACAUUACCAAAUCUCAAAGGAAAGGAUCUAUUUGACUCAGUCAUUUGGUCCGACCCUUUCUCAACUUCCAUAUUUUACAUGUUCAUUUCCAAUUUUCGUCGCAGGAUUUAUAACGAUGUCAAGUCUACCACCACCACCCACCAAUUUAUCCGCUCUCUCAGAGACAACGGUCGCCUCGUCCGGAAUUACACACAAAAUAUCGAUUGCCUCGAAGAACGCGAAGGACUCACUACGGAUCUCGAACUUGGCGCGGGUGAUCGCACGCGUUUUCAAACCAAAAUCCAAGGGAAAUCACUCACAGCUGGAACAGAUGAACGAGGAGGAAAAGAAACCCCUCCUGCAACUGGAGUAGAGUGCGUUUUGCUACACGGGUCACUUCGUAAAUUGCGAUGUGGUGUAUGCUCGAAGCUUACUAGUUGGGAUGAGGAAGAUAGGGAGACUACUACAAUGGCUGGAUCUGCUCCCGAUUGUCCUUCUUGUAUUUCCAGCUCUAUAUCACGUCAAGACAAAGGUCGCAGAGGCUUGGCUGUGGGGAGAUUAAGGCCUGAUAUCGUUCUUUAUGGAGAAGAACAUCCGCACGCAAAUUUGGUGGGACCAUUAAUCAUUCACGAUUUAAAACUAGGUCCAGAUGUUCUUCUUAUUCUUGGUACUAGUUUGAGAGUUCACGGGCUCAAGAUUAUGGUCAAAGAAUUCGCACAAGCUGUACAUGCUAGAGGAGGAAGCGUCAUUUUCGUUAAUCAAACAAAGCCACCCGAGAGUCAAUGGGGUGACGUGAUUGAUUAUUGGGUAGAAUGGGACUGUGACGCAUGGGUGCUAGAUUUGAAAAAGAGACGAAGUGAUAUCUGGCAGCCAUACACAAACGUCACACAAAACGCUUCCAGCAAGGACCCAGCCCCUCCCAAACAGCGUAAUCCAUCUGAUAAAAUACCACCAUACCGUCCACAGUGCAAGAGAGACGACAAGACCAAUGCAGUCCAUUUCACGUUUAAGAUCCUUGACGACCUUCGAAAACUCAAGGAUGCCGAAGGAAAUGGAUCGGCACGGCCGAUGUACUGGGUACCUUUUGAUCGUAGGCCUUUCAGAGCUUCCACUGGACAAAUACCAGAAAACAAACCGAUUAAGAAGUCUCGAUCGUCAGUACUACCCAUUAGAAAAGGUCGGAAAUCUCUCCCAGCUUCAUCGUCUAUCAAAGUUCCCACAGCUUCCACAAGUAGCAAAUCCCACAGACGGAAGACUAUCCCUGACAGCACACCUGCGAAAACGCGUCCAACUGAACCACAUCGCAGUGGUGCUUGGCUAGAGGAUUCUCUCUUGAAAAUCGUCCGCAGACUUACCAACAACACGCUCUCCGAAGACCUUCUAGAAGACUUGCGCGGCAGAGUACCAUUUGAACAACUUGCUGAAAAUGUACCAGGGAACAGCAUUGGAUACAAGAGAUCUUUUUCAGAUGUUGGCAUAGAUGGAGCGUUGGAAGGAGUUGGUCUGCCAAAUAUGCGUGGACUGUUAGAUUCUAGUAUUAGUAUAAAAGGAAUGAGCUUGAGUAGUUUGCCUCCAACUGGAUCUCCAGAAUCUGGAAGGAAAGAUUUGAGGAAAGGAAAGGGAAAGAUGAUUGAUAUAGGGGAGAGGGAGAGGGCUAGUUCGCUGCUUGGACCAGCUUUGGAAAAGGAUCAGAAUACCAUUGUGGUGCAGUCGAGACAAGUACAGGCGAUAAAACAUUCCUAUGGAACGAGAAGUAAGCGGAACAGUAUGGAGAUCGGUUCUGAGGACAUAGGAGUGAGUGGGAGUGGCAGUGGUAAUGCUGGAGACACAAUUGUCGUUCUUAAUAGAGAUAGAAUGAGUAUUGGAGCUGUUUGUAAUGAUAGAUGAAUAGUCGACGGUUGAAUUACUGGAAUUGCUGGAACUGUACACACUGGACUGGACUGAAAGGGAAUUGAUGGAUUUACUGGAUUAGCUAGGCAUUAGCUAGGGUGGAGAAUAUAUAGACUGUUUUUUGCUUGGCCAAUGGAUGGAAUGGUGGAGAAUAUGAUACCAUGAAUUGAGCACUCUUUGCAAGAAUCAUAUGAGAUGAGAUUGGAGUCAUAUAUACAUGCGUAUUCUAUAUUCAUGAUGGUAGUUCAGCAUUUCAUCCAGGUGGUAGGAUAUAAUCCUCAUGCAAAUCGACAAUAUGGAAGAUGAGAAAUGUUGCUCUUAGAUUCGUGGAACGAGGGGAUAUCACUUGAUUCCUUGUGGUAGAUGGCAUUUACUCAUCUGCAAAUCAUCAGAUAUGACAAUUCACACA